CAUGCCUUAUACGCGAACCAAACUGUUUGAACGGUUUGGAUAUUUCUAGGAAGCAUCAAUCCACAAAGAGUCCAGAAACCAGACAACACAAUCAACACUAUUUAUCCCAACACGUGAGUAAAUCCCACCCUUCUCCUUCUCCUUCUCCCUAUAUAUAUACAAGUCCCAAUUCCCAAUAGUGCUCGCACCAGCCAACAAAAAAUAAAACAACACAUAAUAAGCAAGCAAAACACACACAAAAGGAAAUACCAUAUAUUAUACACAAACCAAACCAUAUAUCUUAUUCUAUUUUCUCCCUCUCCACCACUCCCCUUCUUUCUCCUCCUCCUCAACCUUAAUCAUGGAGAAUAUUGGAGAAGAGUACAAGCAUUACUGGGAGACCAACAUGUUCCUCCAAACCCAAGAACUUGACAGUUGGGGGUUGGAUGAGGCCUUAUCUGGGUACUACGAUUCGAGUUCCCCGGACGGCGCUGCUUCGUCUGCGGCAUCUAAGAACAUUGUUUCCGAGAGGAAUCGGAGGAAGAAGCUCAAUGAAAGGCUUUUUGCGCUUAGAUCGGUGGUACCUAACAUUAGCAAGAUGGACAAGGCUUCGAUUAUCAAGGAUGCUAUUGAGUACAUCCAGCACUUGCACGAGCAAGAGAAGAUUAUCCAAGCUGAGAUAAUGGAACUUGAAUCUGGGAUGCCAAGAAAGAGUCCAAGCUAUGGUUUUGAGCAAGAACAGCUUCCUGUGGUUCUCAGGUCCAAGAAGAAGAGAACAGAGCAGCUAUAUGAUUCUGUUACUUCAAGAAACACCCCAAUUGAAGUCCUUGAGCUGAGGGUUACAUACAUGGGGGAGAAAACUGUUGUGGUGAGUUUGACAUGCAGCAAAAGGACAGACACAAUGGUGAAACUGUGUGAAGUGUUCGAAUCUUUGAAGCUCAAGAUCAUCACUGCCAACAUCACUUCGUUUUCAGGGAGGCUUUUGAAGACUGUCUUCAUUGAGGCAAAUGAAGAAGAGAAAGAUCAUUUGCAGAUAAAGAUCCAGACAGCCAUUAAAGCUCUUAAUAAUGACCCUUUAAGCCCCAUGAGCAUUUGAGGAAGAAAAUAUAUAAAUUGGGGUUCUCAUUUUGGGGUCACUAGUAUAUAAAUAGAAAGUUUAGGAACCGUGGGUUUUAUAGGAGUUUCUCGUAUUUGGUUUCGUUACCCCCUUUUUUUCUUCGCACUCAACAUUCCCCUUAAUCAGGACUCUUCUUCAACUUUAUUAUCAGGGAAAGUUUGCUAGUUUCAUCCCCUUGUGUGCUUAGUGUAUCAAUUAAUGUUAUUCUUAUAAUAAAAAGUUCACUUCACAUCA